CCUACUUGUGGUUGUGUUUUAUAAUUAUUAGAGGUGUUUCUCUAAUAAAAGUAUACAAUUUAAAAUUUUCGCAUAACAAUGCAUAAAAAAAUUUAUUUGACUUUGGCUUUUGACUCUGAAGUAGAGGGCCCUACCUCAUGUGAGUGCUGGUCUCUACGGCAGCACGGAUAACCAAGCUCUAUAUUACUCUAUGAAAGCAGCACUGAACAGCAACCUCUCUAUUACUUUUCUAUAUGUACUCUAGCCGGCUUUCAUUAUUUAACUUUAAGUAGAGGGGACCUGCCUCACGUGAGUGCUGAUCUGUACGGCAGCACUGAUCACCAACCUCGAUAUUACUCUAUGAAAGCAGCACUGAUCAGCAACCUCUCUAGUACUUUUCUAUAUGUAAUCUAGCUGGCUUUCAUUAUUUAACUUUGGCUUUUGACUCUAAGUGGAGGGCCCUGCCUCAUGUGAGUGCUGGUCUCUACGGCAGCACUGAUCACCAAGCCCUAUAUUACAGCAGCACUGAUGAGCAACCUCUCUAGUACUUUUCUAUAUAUAUAUAUAUAUAUAUAUAUUUUUUUUUUUCCAGUGUGGCUGGCCCCAGGCUCCCCUUCGCCCCCUAAGGCUCGAUUCCGAGCACACAGUCUCUGGGAUGUGGAAACUCUGCCACUUGAGCUCCACGGCGAGUCUUUGGUACUUUUCUAUAUUUACUCUAGCUGCCUUUCAUUAAUUUCAUUUUCUUUCAAAUAUCAAAUCUUUACUCUCUCUGUCAAUUAUUCUCACUCUCAAUAUUUCUUCAUUUCAUUUAGGCUUUUCAGUAGUGUGGUUUUUGAUCAGUUUCAUUUUCUCCAUUCUAUCCUUGACCUCAGUCCUUUAUUGAGAAAAAGAUAGGUAGCUUUGCUUCCUCGCUUCUCGCUUUCCCGCUUACAAGUCUUUUCUCCUGUAGCCAAAGAUGGUUCUUUCCUGUCCAAAUUCUUCAGACUCGGGCUCUCGCUUUUAGGGCUAGGCUUGCUUGAGCUUCCUUCCUUACUUCCCUUGUCUAGCUUCUAGUCAAGUUUUCCUUCUUCUUCCUUUUUUUUUUUUUUUUUUUUUUUUUCAAUUUUUUAAUUUUCUGUUUAUUAUUAUUAUUAUUUUUUUUUUAUCCAUAUAUCUUAUGGCUAAGAAGAAAUAUAGUUGUUAUCACUCUAAGAUUGAGUCCAAUCAAGAUCUUAGCAAGUUUAGAGAAGAUAAUAAGGACAAGAUUCCAGAGGGUGUGACGGUUGAAAGAGCUCCUAGAUCUUCAAUUAACGAAACGCUUCCUGAAGAUGAAAUUUUGAUUCAUCCUAGUACCUUCAAAUUAGGCUUGUGUCUUCCAUUCCAUGUUUUGAUUGAAGAAAUAUUGAGCGAACUCCAUCUAUACCCCUUCCAAUUAUCCCCAAACUGUUGGAGGGUAAUGUUUGGUAUCAUAGCGUUGAACCAAAUUUGUAAAAUUAAUUUGGGUUGGAACGAGUUUUGUCAUUGCUAUGCAGUUAAGAAAAAUUCUGGAGAUACUUAUUAUUUUUCUCAUAAAAAAGGCAAUGAGAUUUUGGUCACUGGUUUACCAAAAUCUGAGAAAGGAUGGAAAUUAGAUGAUUUGAUCCGUCUUAAGGGUGAUUGCUUGGUACCUAGAUCUAAAACUGCUGCUGAUCAUAAACCUAAAGGUUUCAAGUCUUCAGAUGUGAACAAGUGCGAUAUUGAAAAGGCUUUGGAGUUCCCAAACAGAGAUUGGAAAUAUCUUGUUGAUCAUGCAUCUAAAUUAGAGCUGCAUAUAGAAAGUAAGAAAAACAUUAACUCUGUUGAUCAACAUUUAAAACACAAGUCAUUUGAAGAAGCUCGUUCAUUGGGGGCUGAGUCGUUUUUGAGGUUGGUCGACUCCUAUAUCAAUCACAUCAAGGAUCAAGAUAGACGCAUCGAGGAAUUAAAAGCUGCCUAUGAAAGGAAAGAUAAGGAGCUUGAAGAAUUGAAGUUGCUGAAAAAGGAGGAGGCAGCUUUCAUCAAGGAAUUAAAAGCUGCCUAUGAAAGGAAAAAUAAGGAACUUGAAGAAUUGAAGUUGCUGAAAAAGGAGGCAGCUUAUAAAAUAAUUGACAAAAUGUAUGAUGCGAUGACAGAAAGGGAAGAAGCCAAUAAGCCUCGUCUUCCUACACGGAUGGAAUCACCAUCAUCAUCUUCAUUCAAAAACGCGGGACAUCUUACUAGUCAAAGUCAAAAUAAUCAUAAUAUUGAAGGAGCUGCUGAUGGUGUUACACCGCCAAAUACGGGACUGAAGGUGGGUACUUCUCCUAAUCAUCAAAAUAUUGAUAUUCCAGGAAAUUAUGAUAUUAAUCAUCAGCAGCAGCAGAUCAUUGAACCAAGUUCGUUGAAUAAUGGUAGUCAUUUUCUCCAACCAACUUAUAUGGAUAACAGUUUCGAUUGCUUGUCUAUCAUUAAUGAUCCGCAGCAGCAGCAGCAGCAGCAGAUCAUUGGACCAAGUUCGUUGAAUAAUAGUAGCAAACUCCUUACUUUACUGGGUCAAACAAUUUCAUUGGACAACAGUUUCGAUUGCAUUUCUACCAUUAAUGCAGCAGCAGCAGAUCAUUGAACCAAGUUUUUGGAAAUUAUAGUAGUCAACCAAUGUUUGGGGAUAACAAUUCCGUUCACUUUCCUCCUUAUCCAAACUCUCUUGAUAUUGGGCGCCACACCUGGGAUUUCUCAAGCCAGUUGAAGUAAUGGGUUGUAUUGGAAUCGCCAUAUAUAUAUAUAUAUAUAUAUAUUUGAUUCAAUUAGGAUAUUUGAUUUUUUUAAAAUCAGGAUAAAAUACACAUAAGUGAAGGCAAAUUGAUUAUUUUCAUUUAAACCUCUUUUUUUUUUUUUUUUUUUUCGUUGUAUCCUAACUUUAUAAAAUAAAAUAUCCUAAUUAGCUAUAUAUAUAUAUAUAUAUAUAGGCCUUUUUAUAAUUCUGUUUUUCUCUUCGGUUUCCAUUAUGUUGAUGCGGUUGCGGUUUAAUUUCUAGGAUUGUGGUUGUCAUUUAAAUAUUCAGUUGGUUUGUAUUUGGAUGUUUGAUGAUGAAUACUUUUCACUUUAAAUUUCUUCCCUCUCUU